GACGUAUUUUUUGGUACCGAGCGGAGAGGAGAUGCACACGGCACUCGAGUGAGAGUGCAUGUUUCAGAAGAGUUGGAAAACCCCCUCGUACAUUAGUGUCAGGACUGGGGGACGAGCAGGAGGAAACAUAUUACGGGGACCAGAAUUGAGGGGACAAUGCGAGUCCACGUGCACACCAAGUUCUGUUUCCUGUGUGUUCUCACCUUCCUCUUCCACCAGUGUAACCACUGCCACGGAGAUGAGCACCAUCAGCACAACGGGCACCACCAUGCCGACCACAAAAACGCCCACAGUGACUUGCAGAUUUCGGAGGCUCCGUACGUUAGAGGAGCCACUCUGUCCCCGGAGUCCAAGAGUCCUGACGGGGAAGCUCUAGAGGAAGAGCAACGUUACUACAUCCAGGAGCUGUUCAAGCGCUACGGACAGAAGGACCGGCUAGACUACCAGGGAUUUCAGAGUCUGCUCUUUAGCUUGGGUCUGGGUGAAGUGAAAGUGGUGGAUGUGGAGCAUGAGGAUCUGGGCCACGACCACGUAGCCCACCUCGACAUCCUGGAUGUGCAGGAGGGGCUUCACUCGCAUUCGCCCACCAGUGACGGCAAGAGUCAUGGGCACAACCACGGGCACGGGCACGGUCAUACACACCACAGGUCCGUCUCGCAAGCAGAUCAUGAUCAUAAUCAAGAUGAGAAUGGCCACGAACAUUCGGACUCACAUGAUCACGAUCAUGAUCACGCACACGAUAAAGAGCACACACAUGAGCAGGCCCAGGUGCAGUCUAACCACAAAGACCUGUCCUCUAAACCUCACAGUGACCACGACCACAGUGACCAUAGUGACCAUGACCAUAGUGACCACAGUGACCACGACCACAGUGACCAUGGUGACCACGACCAUACCCAUCAAAACCACAGUGACCAUGACCACAGUGGCCAUGACCACAGUGGCCAUGACCACAGCGACCAUGACCACACAAUCAUGAAAACGAUCACGCCGAUCAAACGAGCACAGCCAUUCCUCCCGUCAACCAGCAACACUCCGCCCAACUAG